CAGGCAGACUCGGACACAUACAGUGCUUUCACAAUGCUGCUUGUACCGGUUUUGUUUUUGUUUGCGUCUUCGAUAAGGAUUGUCUCAGGGGCAGCUUGGUGCUACCAGUCCCAGUUUGCAUGCAGUCACACCUGCACAGGUCCAGAGGUAUGGGGAGUGGUUUCACAGCACUGCAGCGGCAGAUUUCAGUCUCCAGUCAACAUUGUUACAAGGAGAGUACUACUACAUGAAAAUCUUGCUCAUUUUGAGUUCAUCGGCUAUCAGAAGGCUUUUCAUGGUCACCUUGUAAAUAACGGUCACGCUGUUGUACUGGAUUUACCCUCCGGUAUAAAAAUUAAAGGAGGAAAUCUGCCUGCAACAUACAAGGCAAUUCAGCUUCACCUGCACUGGGGCAAAGACGGAGGACCCGGCUCUGAACAUAUGAUUGAUGGGGAACAAUUUCCAAUGGAGAUGCAUAUCGUCCACAUAAAAGAAGGAUACAGCUCUUUAUCGCAGGCUGCAAAAGACCGCACAGGUGUUGCUGUUCUUGGGUUCUUCUUUGAGGAGUCCAAGUCUGCAAAUAAGAAAUUUGAUCCACUUGUUAAUGCUCUGAAAUACCUCACACGACCCACCAACGGCACGACACUGAAGGGUGUGUCCCUGGAAAUGUUCACACUUCCACUGGAGAACAUGACCAAGUACUUUCGCUACAAUGGCUCCCUCACUACACCGAACUGUGCUGAAGCUGUCAUCUGGACCCUGUUUGAAAACACAAUUCCUCUCAGCAGGAAGCAGCUCGCUGCAUUCUCCCAGCUUCACUUUGCUAAUGGAAAGCAGAUGAUAAACACCUUCAGACCAGUGCAGCCCUUGAAUGGUCGGCAGGUGUAUUACUCCGGAGGCCAUGUCGCACUGGUUAGCACUGUGUCGCUCAUCAUGUCAGUGCUCAUAUCCACUUCACUCUCCUUCUCUCCCUCUGUUUGAUCUACUGGUACUCACCUUCUACAAUAAACACAGCUGUCUGUGUCAACUUAUGAUUGUCAAAUAUGUGAAAUAUAAUCUGCUGUAUAUUUAAAAGUCAUGUGCUAAUCUACUGUAUAGACUGUGUGUGAUUCA